AGCUGCUUGGCUGAUUUUAAUUAAUAAGUAGCGCAGCUUAUAUUAAGCUCUAACUUGCCACACAGAGAAGUCAUACUCAGCUAUCUCUAACAAAGAAAGGCCGAGGAAGAAAACAGCUGCAGAAAAUAAUGAGUUCGAGAAUGUUGCUCCUCUUACUCCUUGCAUUUUAUGUGGGACAGCUCACAGCUAUCUCUUCACCAGGUACAUCUGAAGGGCCGGAAGAAACAGACCUCCCAGAGGUACCAGAGGGGACUGAUGUUCCAGAGGGGACUGGUGUUCCAGAGGGGACUGAUGUUCCAGAGGGGAGUGAUGCUCCAGAGGGGACUGAUGCUCCAGAGGGGACUGAUGCUCUAGAGGGGACUGAUGCUCCAGAGAUUACCCAUAAAGGCUUAGUCCUUUUUGACUAAAUAUAACAUAAUAAAUAAUAAAUAUAACUUGCUGUGAAUGUACGGUUUAUUCUUAAGCCGAGUCUUCGACAAAUCCCAAAAUAAUAAACGUAUGACUUACUUAA